GUAGCAGAGACAGGCUGAACUCAUCGAUCCAAAGCUCAUCAUCCUUUGCUAGUCAUGGAAGAUGUCCAGAUGGAGGAUGUCAGCGCCGACACCGCCAAGCAAGCCCCGCAGGAGGUCAAGGCAGAAACACAGGUUAACCAGCAGCACAUCGACACCAGUAUGUCUGACGUUGAUCAGCUCAAGGCAUCGGACUCUGCCAACAUGGACUCAAACGAGCAUGGACAAAAGCAGGAAAAGUUUGUUGCAGAAACUGCGCUUUCCACAGAUGCAUCACCUGCGACGGACGCAACAUCAGCAGCGCUAGCGUCAGGACCUGCAACAGACGAAGCCGCACCAUCCACAGAAGCAGCAACAGCACCUCCGCCACAACCAAUACGGACAUACAUACCGCAGUUCAAGUUCACGACGUUUGUGGCUAUGGCACCUUUACCUAAUCGAAACAGCAGCAGCAAUUUCCUUAAGACGGACAAGAAUUUCGUUCUCAAGGACAUGGCAGCCAAGCAAAGACGGCGUAAGCGCAAGGUUGUAGAGGAUCCGACACAGGAAGGAGAGACGAGGGCUGAGGACAGCGAUGAAUUUUCGGCUAUCCGGAGAGGGAUCUUUGCGGAUGAUGAGGAUGAGGAAGACAAGGAUGGCGAUGAGCAGGAUGACGAAGCCCAGCAUAAGGACAAGGAUGAAGAUGAUUACGAGGACAGUAGCGACAGCGACUCAGAAGCGAGUGUCGUGAAUGAAGAAGAUGAGAACGGCGAGACGAAGUCGUCUUCGAAUGCUGGCAAAAAGAUUAUUGUCAUUCACCCAGGAUCACGGAUAUUGAGGAUCGGAAGAGCUUCGGAUGCAUACCCGGUCGCAACCCCACAUUGCAUUGCACGGCGGAUGCACGGAACUGCUACCACAGGAGUAAUUAUUAAUGGAAAGCCAGCUGCAACAUUGGCUCCAGUAUCAGUAGCCUCAACAGGAGCCGGACAAGGAGAUGACACGUCCAUCGACCUCAAGGAUGGAGAGGUAAAAGAGCAGGAACAGCAAAACGAUAAGACGGAUGCAGGGGAAGAUAAUAACACCAUGGAUGUGGAUGGCGACGAUGACGAAGAGGAAGCUCACGAUAUUUCUGAGGUACUUGAUGUCUUGAAUGACAAAUACUUGCAGGAGAUUGAGUACGACCUUAAGCUGCGCAUGAAAGCCGCUAAGCGACGACCAGUACCCAAUGCAAAGAUGCAGGUCAGGUCUUUCAACACUUCCACGAGACCCGAGAGGAUUUUGGAUCAUAAUGAUCCUUACAAGGUUGAGUGGACGGAUCCAGCCGCAGAGGGUGAAUACAUUAUUGGACAGAAGGCAUUAAACUUGCCGCCUGGAAAGAACCACACCUUCAAGUUGUUCUGGCCGAUCGUGGGCGGAAAGCUGAAUGACCAAGAUUACACCACGCCACGAGUUGUAGUCUCAGAUCUGGAGACAAUAUGGACAAAGGUCAUCCAGGACGAUCUUGGGAUCGAACCAAAGAAGUUCAGGAAACAUUAUGCGCUUCUAGUCAUCCCAGACCUAUACAACAAACUGUAUGUCACUGAGCUCAUCAACAUGCUACUCAAGUCGAUGCAGUUCCGCGGCGUCAUGGUCCAGCAGGAAUCGGUGUGUGCUGCAUAUGGUGCAGGGGUUUCCACCGCCUGUGUUGUUGAUAUCGGAGCAGAGGUCACUAAGGUAGCCUGCGUUGAGGACGGUAUCUGCAUUCCCAACUCCAGAGCGGUCUUGAAGUAUGGCGGAGAUGACAUUACACGGUGCUUCACAGCUCUGGUCAAACGGACAGGAUUCCCCUAUGAGGAGCUGGAUCUGGCACAGACAUAUGACUGGAGGCUGAUGGAAGAGCUGAAGGAAAAGUGGUGCACGAUGAAUGAGGCGGAUCUUACAGUACAAGUAUACAGCUUUUUCGUUCGGCGGCCUGAGAAGCAUACGGAGAAAUAUCAGGUUAAGGUCUAUGACGAGGUUGCGCUGUCGCCAAUGUGCUUAUUCUUCCCUGGAGUCAUUCGUCGGUGGAUAGAGGAGCGCGAGAUCAAUCCCAGUUUUGCAAAGAUUACCAACUACGAAGAUAUUAAUGAAGAUGCUCCACCAAUUGCAUUAAUGAAUCAAAACACCAAAAAGAACACUGCGGCAGCUGCGGCGGCAGUUGCAGCAGCUAGAGCGGGAACGCCGUCGUUGAUAGCUCCAGGCGAAGAAAAUAACGGCAGCAAUGUUGGAACGCCCAACGCAACACCUGCACCGACACCCGUACCGUCCGCGGUGCCUCCAGGAGUAUCUGCUGGAGAGAUCACACCCGUUGUGAGGCCUUUUGCAAUGGAGCCAUCAGUGACGACGACGGAUAAAUCAUGGGAGAUUGCAGGGACGCUCGGCAAGGAUAAUUUCUCGAAUCUUGUGGCACUCGAUGUUGUGGUUGCUCAGUCGAUCUCGAACUGUGGCAGCGAGGAGCGGUCCAAGAAGCUAUAUGGUAGCAUCAUUUUGGUUGGUGGAGGCGGUAUGGUCCAAGGAUUUGACCGUGUGCUUGAGGACCGAUUAUUUCAAGCCUUGCCAGCAACUCUGACCACGGUUGAGAAGGUGGAGGUACUGCCCUCGCCGCGUGAUAUGGACCCACGGUUGCUGGUAUGGAAAGGAGCGUCUGUGUUGGGCAAGCUGGAGACGGCCAAGGAGCUGUGGAUCAAACCAUUAGAGUGGGAGCUGAUGGGACGCAAGGCUCUCCGGGACAAGUCUCUCUUUGUCUGGAGCAAGGACUGAAGUAAGGAAUAGAAAGGAGGAACGCGUCUCUGUCGGUCGUGAAGAAUAAUAAAGCGCGUUGUUCAAGAACCUCGUACUCCAUGCGAUCAGAAGUAUUGUUUGCUCUGCUUCCUUGUGAAAACAAGGUGAUCAAGGAUCGUGGAGGUGCGCGCUAUUUUUUUUGACUUUGAUGAGGAGAUGAGGGG